GCAAUUCGGGCACACAGCUGACACCUGGCUGCGCGUGCGCGCUGAGCUCUGCUUUGAAGGGAUCAGAGUUCUUGGCUCCCCAUUUACAGAGCGAGAGGAAAGGAGUGGGGGGGCUUGUGUACAUCCUGUGUGGUUGUGGGCGGAGGACUGAUGAACGCUCAAGCACCACCAAGCAUUUCAAGAAAGGGAUUUUUCUAAGCAAACCCGCAAUUUACCUCCGGUGACCAUGGGAUUGGUCACUCUCGCCUCUUCCCACCUCCAUGGACCGAGCCAGACUCCCAAACGGAAAGCGAGAAGGGCCACAAGCCUGUCUGCCGGGUGGGGCGCGUGCGCAGUCGGAGGACCCCAACCCCUGUCCUGGCCGAGCUGCUUGCUGCCGCCGCCGCCGCCCGCUUCCUCGGAGCCCCCACCCGUCCCGUCCCGUGGCUGGGCCCAGCAGGCUAUGGAGUGUGAUGCAGAGUCGAGGCCUCUGCUGCCUUUCCAGUCCCUUGUGAACCCCAAGCAGUCAGCAGUGCAGGAAACGCAGGGGCAAACCUCGGAGACUUCCAUGUGGGCAGCAGUGGCAGCAAUCCAGGCUGUGGACAAAACGGUGGAUACCCACACCAUGCGCUUGCUGCGCCUGGAGGGAAGGAUUGGGUUGGUUGAGAAGAAACUGGCAGGCUGUCAAAAGACCACGACAGACAUCGAGAACCAGCUUGAAAGCAAAUGGGCUGCCCUGGGGAUCUUGAUUGAUGAGUACAGGCAGCUGCAGAGGAGGCUGGAGAAUGUGGAGAAUCUGCUGAAGAACAGGAACUUCUGGAUCCUGAGGUUCCCCCCAAGUGUCAAGGGAGAAACACCCAAGGUGCCUGUAACCUUUGAUGAUGUCUCAGUCCAUUUCAACGAGCAGGAAUGGGGAGACCUGGACGAGUUACAGAAGGAGCUGUACAAAACAGUCAUGAAAAGCAAUUACGAGACACUUGUUUCACUUGAUUAUGCUAUUGCCAAGCCUGAGAUCCUGACCCAGAUAGAACAAGGGGAUGACCUGUGUGAGAAGGGUCCUGGAGAUUCGGAAAGGAGCAGCAUCCCUGUAGACCAUGGCACAGACUUCCCUGUUGCUCCAGUGGAUGUUUCUUCGUGGCUUAAACAAGAGGUGGAGGAACCACCGUGUGGGGAUGUUAGGCCUCCUGAGGAGACGAGAGAGCUGAGUGAUGGUUCCCACAUAGGUUCUUCUGUCGAUGCAAUGGAUGUUUCUUCAUGGAUUAAAGAGGAGGUGGAGGAGGUAUGCUUUGGUCCAGGAGAUUGUCAUGAAGGAGAUCUCAACCACAAUGGUAGCCUGGAAUAUCGGACCGUCACAGUUGAAGAAGGAACCUUGGCUGGACCUCAGGAGGGCCCCUGUGCGCAGGAAUCAAUGUUCCUUGGUGAAGGCCCCAGUACUGGUCCAGCCCCCUUCCUGACUUGGGCUGAUGCUGCUGCUGGUGACAUGGAGCACGCACUGCGCGAACAACACCGAGGGCGCUUUUAUGAAAUGAUGGAGGAGAUCCUGUCUACAAAGCGUGAGGACAACAACAGUUACAUUAACCGUGACAGAUACCGGACUUUGAUUGAAGAAGUCAAAGAGGCGAAAAGGCUUCGUAGCAAAAAAGGCAAACAUUACCGCCGACUGAGACGUUUCAAUGUUCUCAACAUUGGUGCCGAAGAGAAGUUAGUAGUGCCUGUAUCUCCUGGACAUACAGAAGUUGUGUAUUUUGUUCAGUACGAGGACUUGUUUGACAUUUUGCAUGCAGCACAUGUUGCCAUUGGCCAUGGUGGUCGGACCAGGAUGCUAAAGGAACUUAGUCCAGAACAUGAAAUCACAGUCCAGCUAGAGGAAGACGGCGAUGAUGUCAAGCCUUUCUCGCUCAGGCGUUCCUCCAGAAGAACUUCAUCUUGUAGCCUUGGGACAGAUCCGGCUUUCGGUCCUCAGCCUAGCAUUGGGGCACAGCCCAUCAAGGAGAGGCUGGAAGGCUUGUUGAAACGUCCACACUCCAGUUCAGACUCUGAGAAGCGCAGCCCCCAGAAACAGCCCAUGCUCAGCCAUGGGGAGGCUGUGGAACAUCCCCAUAAGUGUGUUGAAUGCCACCAGAGCUUUGACAGUGAAGAGCAGCCCACAUCUGACGGCCUGCACCCUGCCACCUGCCCCAGCUGCAAGCAGCGCCUGCGCAGGAAACUUUCUUCCUUUGCCCAUGUGGGGGACACACAGCCAUUUGCUUGCAUCACCUGUGGGGCAACAUUCAGCCAGUGGGCGCUGCAGCUGGCCCACCAGAAGAAGCACCAGCGAGUUUGGAAGCAUUUUUGCGAUGACUGUGGAGCCGGCUUAGAAACCAGCCAGGAGCUUACGCAACACUGGAAGGCUCAUGACAAUGUGGGGAGGGCAUACAGGUGUGCCAGCUGCCAGUGGAAUUUCCUGUCCUUCUCUGAGCUUGUGGAUCACCGGAGGACCCAUGCCUGUGGCUGGCCGUUCAUCUGCAACUGGUGUAAGAGCAGCUUUGCCAGCCAGAAGGUGCUGACCACCCACCAGGAGCUGCAUGCCGCCGCAGUGAAAAGGCUGUUCCCAGACGCCAAGGUGGACUUCGCCUCCAGCUGGCAGAAGUUCCUCGCUGAGCAGAUGAAGCAUUUUCUGCAGGAGACACAUAGUCGGUCUCGGUGGCAAGCGGACACUGAACUCCUCCAAAGAAACUUGGAGGUUUGGCCAUAUCUGUGUACACAGGGCGGUGCAGAAUUUGACAGCCAGUGGGCCUCCCCAGAUCCCGAGUGUGCUCCCACAGCCCAGCCUCCUGCCCAGUCUGCCCCGAGCCACGGCGGUGGGUCCCAGCAGGGGCCACCAUCUGAGCCCCAGCAGGUCCCGGACCAGCCGCUGCGGUGCCACCUCUGCACCAGCCUCUUCCUCCACAAAGAGCUGCUGGUGGAGCACCUGCGGUUGCACAGCGGGAAGCGGCCCUUCCAGUGCCCCCACUGCAACCGCAGCUACGUGUACAAAGAGGCCCUUGUCAACCACCUGCUGAUCCACUUCACCCAGAAGCCUUUCCACUGCUGCAUCUGCAACCAGGAGCUCCCAGAGCCCAUGGCGCUGGCGGAACAUGUCGGCGCUCACUUCACAGAGCAGCCCGGCAAGGACGAGCCGGGCCCCCAAAGUGCCGCACCCUCUGGGUUCCCAACUGAGCACAUUGUAGGGAAGCCGUAUGCCUGCAACCGGUGUGCGCGGCGCUUUGCUUACCAUGAGCUGUUGAGAGAUCACCUCCUCACCCACACGGCGGAGCGCCCCUUCCAGUGCGACAGGUGUACGCGGAGGUACACUUUCCAGGGGCUGCUGGAUGAGCAUAAGAGGAAGCAUGUGGAGGAGGAGCUGCAGCUCGCGCAAACGCAGAGGAGCAAAUGAGUCCUCCCCAGCCAGCGGCAGAAAUGGCUCCCUGCAUGGAAUGGGCCAGUUAGCGUAGAAAGGCCAAUCAGAAGGGCUGCCCCUGGUCAUCGGGGGCUCUAGAAGGGGUUGAAUACACCUUCUCCCCUGUGAUCCUGCACAGCGUCUCUCAGGAGCACCGUGAGAGGGGCAUUUCUGAGGCACUCCUGCAGGGUCUACAGGCCCACAGCCAUGUGGGUGAGGCCAGUUGCAUGGGUCUUUCUUAUACAGUCAGGACCUUGGAGCACUGCUUCUGUGGGAAAGAUCUGCCCAGUUGGCCCUGUCCACCUGGCGAUGGCCUUUCAACCAUUCCAGGAGUGCCGUGGGGUAUAUGCUCCAGAAAGCAUCUCACGGUGCUCCUGUAACAUUGAACAGGCACCUCAGAGUUGAGGGCAUCAGUUUGCCUACAGGGAGGGAUCCCAGCCUGUGGUAAUAGCACUGCCAGAGGGAGUCCCCUGGGCAUCCUUUCAGUGCCACCAUCUAAUACAUAGGAGACCCCAGUGCUUUGCCAGCCAGCAUUAGGGAAGGCCGUUGAAAUGAAUGCACACACAAAGGCACGUUGCGGUGUGGGAGACCAUUCUGUUGGGAGUUCCAGAUGGGAAAGCAUGGCCUUCUUUUUGUUUCAGUAUUCACCGGGAUGUUUUGCUGGACCUCUUUCAAAGCAGCCCUUUCUGGCCAAUUGGCAGUCAAAAGGGAAAGAGGUGUAAGGGGAGGAGGCAGCCAUCUCCUUGUUGUUUCUGUGACAAGCGGCAGCAGCAGCAAAGCAGUUUCAUGCCGUUUCCUCCUAGAAUCAGCUCCAUGGAAUUCCAGUUUCAUGCUGAGUGGCGGGAUGGGUUGUAUACCUCUCCCAAUUAGAAGUUGUGCUUCAGUGAUGUGUAGUGGACACACUACACACACAUACACACCCAACUCUGGAUUGUCAGCUCACUGUAUCCAGUUUUGAUAGAGCUUUCUUUCUAGACCAUUAGUGUGUCUGCCAUCUCAAAUCCCGCAAGGAAGGAAUUGGACUGACAGUUCAAGAGGGUGCCCACAGCCUGUCCAUCCACACAGGAGCUUCAUUGAGUCAUGAGCAGUUGAGCUGGGAAUGUGACGUCUGAGUGUUUUGGUUGGAGCCAGGAGUGUUGGUGACAUGUGCUAUGUACAGAUUUAGGCCCUCUCUAGCUGUGUUCAUUUGCCAAAUGCUGGGGCAGACCUUCCAUGAGGGGAGGUGAAGCGGCCGCCUCAAGCAGUGAAUUAUUGGAGCACCUGCUGCCCCUCUUCAUCUGAGCAGCUUUUCGCUGCUGCCUUCUGCUGUUCUCCCUUCUCCCUUGUUUGCCACUGGACUGAUAAUGAGAAGGGGGAGGAGCAGAUGCGGAAAAGACGAUGGAGUACUGCAGCUAUUGCCACUACAGAGGAGGAGGAGGCAGUGGCGGCGGCGGCAGAAGUGAGUGCGUGUGCACAGGUGCAUGCAUGAAAUCAAGGGGUAGCAGUGGCUGUCUGCCCCCCCCCCCCGCUGAACAAAUGGAGGCGGCUAGCAUUUGGUGCCCUGGCUCAGGCACAGAGCAGUCUUGGACCACCACUGCUAAAUGCAGACCAAGAUGGUGGUGAGCCGCCAGGAAGCAGCCUUUGAAGCUCAAGGGAGAGAGAGGAGAGAUCUUGAUGUCCAUCUCAGCAACGUUGGGCAUCGUGGAUGGACUCAGAAUGGCAUGGCCACAGCAGCACAGACAGUGGCGUGCUUUGGGGGGAUUUAAGGUGGGAGGCGAGGAGUGUUCUGUGGUCUGGUUUCUCUGUUGCGUUCUCACUGGAGCAGGGUGGAACCACAUCCGGUUCUACUGGGGGUCUGCUGUGAAAGGAAGUCUACUGUGAACUUGGUCCCCACUGAAGGGGCGGGACUUCCCCCUCUGCCUCCUUAAAAAGAAAUACACUCCAGAGACCAUUUGGCAAAGUGUUUCCAAGUAAAAGUUGUGCUUGCACAGUUGACUGAGGUUGCAGUGACCAAGAGAGUUGGUGCGUGCAGCUGGCUGCGGCCUGAGCAGCAUAUUCCAGUGCUCCCUCCAACUCUCUGGAAUAUGGGGAAUAUUUUUAAUGGCAACUACACGAAAGGCUCUCCUGACUGCAUCUUACAAUCGCUCCUUAGUCAAUACAUUUUUCAACUUUGCUGCUUGUUCUGGCAGUUCCUGUGGUUACUGGUUCCAUUCUGACCAUGGAACGUUUGAGGGUUGUGGCUAAUUCAUUUGUACUGUUCUUUUAAUUAGCAUGUUUAGCAUUCCCACCCACCCCCUCCAAGUUUGAAAUUGUAAUCCUGCAUUUGUUUUUUCUGUGUGUGUGUGAUUUUCACUUUAGUGUUCUCCCUUCACCCUCUUUUGUAUUAAAAAAAGAUUAAAAUCA